GAUUCCUUCAUCCUCAGACCUGAGCCGGGAGCAACCUGACAAUGUGUCCCUCUUCCCUGGGGCCCCUGAUCCUUAUUGUAUGUGGGAUGGAGGUGACCGGCUCCGAUGGAUUUACUGCAUAUACUGAUACAGUUCCCUCACAUUACGGGUGGAGCCCGGAAUGGGUAUAUGGAACGGAACAUGGAGGCCAUGAAACCACAACAAGAACAACUGCCCAACCAGGGCUCUCAGAAGGAACAACUGCCCAACUGGUUCUCUCAGAAGGAACAACUGCCCAAUCAGGGCUCUCAGAAGGAACAACUGCCCAACUGGAUCUCUCAGAAGGAACAAGGGGCAAAACUGAAGAUACAGGGAGGACACGAUGGCCGGCUCUGGGGAAACCACAAUUCACACAGUUUCCGAUUAAUAAUAAUAACAAUACCCUGAAAUGGCGACUGUCGGAGACGCACGAGGCCCUUACUGGGUACCAGCUAAAUAUGGUGGCCUGGAAGGAACAUACUGUGAUAGAGGAGGAAUCCCAGCGGUUACCCCCUAAUGUGAUGGAACAUAGAAUUCCCAUGGAACCCGGCAGCAGUUACAUGGUUACAGUCCGGGCUCUCACAGCCGCUGGGCCUGGGGAGGCUUCACUCUGGCUCUCAGGUACCCCUAAAGCCACAGGCGCCUCAGACUCAUAUGUUCGGGUGUCGCUGGUGCUGAAGCCGCUGUUUCUGACCGUUCUGAUCCUCAUCCUCCUGUGCGUUACUGUGAGGGAGAAGUGGGAGCAGCGGGGGGCAGGAGCCAAGAGGCACCGGAGAGACACAGGGAGAGGGGGCAGCGAGGAGAUGGCGCCCCUGUAAGGCUCUCCCACUAACUGCCCCUUCUGCCCCUGCAGCUGUGCCCAGGCCUCUAUAUACCCAAUCAACUGUCACAUGUGGGAAAUGGAUCAGGAAGCUGCCAUGUAGUAUAAAGUCUGUAAUAAAUGAGAGAGGAUUCAUCAUAAUUCCCUGAAAUGUUUGAAAUAUUGUAUCUGGGAACCCACAAACUAACAAUGGGGGGGGGGGGAAUGGCCCCUCUACAUCAUUACCCACAGAUAUUCCCAGAGAAUAGAAAGAUCCGACUCACUAAUACUCACAGAGGAACCCACAAACUAACAAUGGGGGGGGGGGGAAUGGCCCCUCUACAUCAUUACCCAGAGAUAUUCCCAGAGAAUAGAAAGAUCCGACUCACUAAUACUCACAGAGGAACCCACAAACUAACAAUGGGGGGGGGGGGAAUGGCCCCUCUACAUCAUUACCCAGAGAUAUUCCCAGAGAAUAGAAAGAUCCGACUCACUAAUACUCACAGAGGAACCCACAAACUAACAAUGGGGGGGGGAAUGGCCCCUCUACAUCAUUACCCAGAGAUAUUCCCAGAGAAUAGAAAGAUCCGACUCACUAAUACUCACAGAGGAACCCACAAACUAACAAUGGGGGGGGGGGGAAUGGCCCCUCUACAUCAUUACCCAGAGAUAUUCCCAGAGAA